AUUUAAUGCAUCUAUGAACUUUUAAAAAACAUUCAAAUAUUACCAAAACAAGCAGUUACUUCAUAUAAAAAGCCUAAUUUAUUGCUAGUUAUUCAUCAGCAAGCAGCAAUGGACAGUCCAGAACUUUACAGCGCCAAUAAUGAGCAGCAGAAUGCUCGAGAUGAAGACUUUUUCAACAAAUGGUGAUAAACUGAGAAAGGAAUUCGAUGGCAAGGAAAUCGCUGUUCUUGACAUUGGCACGGAUCCAACCGAAGUUAUUAAAAAUCUUUUGGAUGAUAAUGGAAUGGAAACCAUCAGCAUUAUUGAUAAUAUGAACGAUGAAUUUGUUUAUAAUAGUUCGGAAGCUGUUAAAAGCACAAUUGAAGUUUAUGCACCGAAUCUAAGACGAUUGCCAGAAAGCGAAAAGCAAAUCCUUUUUGAAAAGCUAUUCGAACAAGCAGCAAUGGAUAAUCCAGAAAUUUACAGCGUUAAUAAUGAGCAUCAAAAAGCUCGAGUUGUGGAUUUUUUUAAUGUUUAUGGCGAGAAAUUGAGAAAUGCUUUCGGUGGCAAGGAAAUCGAUGUUCUUGAUAUUGGCAGUGGCUGUGGAACGGUUUUGAAAGAAGUUAUUGUAGAUAACAGUGGUUUAAAGUUCUCAAAAAUUAUUGGAGUCGAUAUAAGCGAAGAAAUGGUGAAAUUUUCAAAUGAAAAAUACGGAAGUGACUUAAUUUCAUUUCAAGUCAUGGAUGCUGGCAAGGAAAUUCCAGAAAAUCUUAAGAAUCAAAAAUUUGACCUAAUUACAUCAUUUUUCGUUUUCCAUUGGAUUAGCGACUUUGAUUUGGCAUUUAAAAAUGUCCAGAACUUACUUAAACCAAAUGGAGUAUUCUGUUGUGUUUUAGUGCAGAUACAGAAAGAAACGAUUGAAAACUUCCUUCAAUCAAAUGAUGAUGAAUUUAUGCAAUUAUUUGAUUUUGAAAAUAUUCCAAAUUUUCGACUUUCGGAUGAUCCAACGGAAGUUAUUAAAAGUCAAUUGGAUGCUAAUAAAAUGGAAAUUGAUAUUAUUAUUGAUGAUAAGAAUGAUGAAUAUGUUUAUGAUAAUUUCGAAGAUGUUAAAUCAUCUAUUGAAGUCUAUGUCCCAAAACUUAGCAUUUUAUCAGAAAGCGAGAAGCCCGAAAUUUAUGAAAGAUUAUUCAAAAUAUUUGACUUAAAGAAAAGAAAUGACAAGUUUAUCCUAAGUACUGAAACUAUCUCAUUUAUUGUUCGAAAGCUAGCAGUUUCUGGAUCCGGAUUUCUAAGAACAACAAAAUCACACUUGUAGGACUUAAAACUUUAUAAAGCUAGCUAAGCAACAUUCCAAACAUCUAAACUUCACUUUCCCAUCAAAUUAAUUCAUUUGUCAACAAUUAAGAAUUCUUACAGUUUGAAUACAACAACUCACAAUAAAUAGCAGAUGAGAGGAACAAAAAAUAAAAGUCAAGAUCACAAGAAAAAGAAGAAAUAAUAAUAAUAAAAAGUGAAUAAGAAGCAGCCGAGUGAGUAAGAGACCGAAUAAAAGAAAUAA